AGAAAACAAUAAUUUCGAACCUACGUCUGCAAGCAGAGAUUAGAACAGUUUGGAAAAAUACCAUCCCGAAAAACUGGACCGGUUUCAGUGUUGCUUACAAUCAGGUUUGGUAGAGAGCAGCGUAUAAACAACAAACUCCGAAGCCGAAAAAGACACAAACCAAAAGCGAGAAAGAAGUGCAGAUAGGUCGCAAGUGUGUGUUUGGUCGCUUCGUUGGCGCUUGUGUUACAAAAUCAGUCUCGCUUCAGCAGUCUAUCGGUUCGGUUGUCGUUCAGCGCGCCCGCAGGAGAAAGUGAUAAAAAGACAGACAGAUCGCGCGUUCUACGUGGCCUGGUUUCAUAAUUUUUGGUUUAAUUUGUUCUUGUUUUUUAGGAGACAGAAAGCCGCAUCCCGGACGCAAACAAAAUAUAAAAUGUCGACACCGAUCCAGAUCAUGACGCAGCAGGGGCCCGCCUUCGACUCGAACUGCAUGACGCUGACGCGGUUCGUGCUGCAGGAGCAGAAGAAGCACAAACAGGCCACCGGUGAUCUGUCCCAGCUGCUGAACUGCAUCCAGACGGCGAUCAAAGCGAUUAGUUCGGCGGUGCGCAAGGCCGGCAUCGCCAAGCUGCAGGGAAUCUCCGGCGACACCAAUGUCCAGGGCGAGCAGGUCAAGAAGCUGGACGUGCUGUCGAACGAGAUCUUCAUCAACAUGCUGAAGUCGUCGUACGCGACCUGCCUGCUGGUGUCGGAGGAGAACGACAACGUGAUCGAGAUCGAGACGGAGGCGCGGGGCAAGUACGUGGUUUCGUUCGAUCCGCUGGAUGGGUCGAGCAACAUUGACUGUUUGGUGUCGAUCGGGUCGAUCUUUGGGAUUACCAAACGGAUCAACGAUGGGGCGGAACCUUCCGAGGCGGACGCGCUGCAGCCGGGCAACAAAAUGGUCGCCGCCGGGUACGCGCUGUACGGAUCGGCCACGAUGAUCGUGCUGAGUUUGGGCGAAGGCGUCCACGGGUUUAUGUACGAUCCGUCGAUCGGGGAGUUUGUGCUGACGGACUACAAUCUGCGCAUUCCCGAGCGGGGCAACAUCUACUCGAUCAACGAAGGUUACGCUUCGACGUGGGACAAGUCCGUGUUGAACUACGUCCAAGAUAAGAAGGACCCGGCCAAGGGCAAGCCGUACGGAGCGCGUUACGUGGGCAGUAUGGUGGCGGACGUGCACCGGACGAUCAAGUACGGCGGUAUCUUCAUCUACCCGGCGACGGCCGCGUCCAAGAACGGCAAACUGCGCCUGCUGUACGAGUGCAACCCGAUGGCGUACAUCGUGACGAAGGCCGGCGGCAAGGCCAGCGCCGGUAAGGACAAGGAAAUCCUGGACGUGGUUCCAACGUCGAUCCACCAGCGCUGCCCAAUCUACCUCGGCUCGAAGCUGGACGUCGAGGAAGCGCUCAGCUACAUCAAGUGAGUUGCGUGUCUGUUUUUGUUUGUGUUUGCGGUUACUGUUAAGACGAAAUAAAUUGCCAUUUUUCUUA